GUUUUUGUGGAGUUGAGCCAAACCCAAUCUCGUGAUGGGAGGCCCCUCUACAUCACUAUGGACCCUACUAAUCUCAGCUAUCGGAAUUGCCUGUGAGGCUACACUGAUUUCUGCAGAUAGCAUGAUAUUACCCAUAAACGAAACUCAGCAAUGGAGCAUGGAAAACAGAACAAUGAAUAAUGCUCCACAAGAAGUCUUCAAUAUAACAACAGUGAAUCAGGCCACUUCCAGGAUUUAUAACGCUGUUGACACACUGAGUACACAACUGUCUAUUUUUGGCGCAAACAACCAAAGCCAUACCGAAGUGGAGGUUAAUGGGUUGCAAGAGGACCUCCGGCAGAUUAAGGACUUGACCCUGAAAGUCUUCCUUUAUUUGACUGAGGUCCAGGACAUCUUUGGAGUUUUGAACAUUCUGAAUACUUAUGAUGUCCGAAGUGUGACGUUCAUAAGCCUGUGGUUCAACAUCCAGCUGAAACCGCUUUUACCUGACAUAACUGGAGAAAUCAUGACCCUGUUGAGCACAAAAGACUUCAGCUGCAGUUCCUAUCAGGCAUUGGUCAAGGGAUUUAGUGAUGAACAUGAAUUAAUUGACACAGAGCAACAACAAGUGAUCUUCAGUAAUUUCAUCUAUCCGUUCCUUUCGAGAAAUGACUCAGGAGGUUGUGUCUCAAACACCAACAGCAGCACGGUCUGGCUGAAGAAGAAUUUUGGAAUCUAUUCGGCUUUUGCAGAACUGUCAGAGUUACGCAUCCUCAACCCUGACUUCUCAAGUGUGGCAGUUCUAGACAUCCUCUCACCAAACCAGAAAGUUGAAUUGAUACUAGACCCAAGCAGUGGCGCUCUGGAGAAUGAGACACUUGUGAGGGAAGUUUUCGUCACCUUGCUGGAUUCCGAAGAACAGCUCGAGGAGUUCUAUGUGACUUUUGUUGAAGUCACCACGCAGGAAAACAUCACCAUCAUCACAAACACAGCCGUAAGAGACACAAUGCUAAAUCUGACCUUGACGGCUCUUGCUCCCAAAUUCUACGACUUCGAGCCAACAGACUUCCAGCUGUGGUUCCAAGUGAAUCUGGAUGUUCUGCUGGCCAGCAUCCUUCCUGCCAGUUUGGUUGUUAUCCCCCAAAACAUCUCCUGUGAAUCCUACAGUGCCAUAUACAUUGGUCUUGACCAAAGUUUGGCAUCUCUUCCAUCGAACCUCUCACAGGGUGUGCAGUCAAGCUUGAAUGCACUGACGGCGACAUUCCAACGUUGCCCAAGGCCGGCAGUUCAUAUUGUGUGCCAAGAAACACUGGUCAAUGAGGUACAACUUUGUGCUGGAAUCAGCAGUUCACAAGACCUGUCUUCUGGCAAUUCCUCGGAAUCCCUUUGCAAAUUCACCAUCCCUCAAUAUGCCUGUUCCGCAACGACCCAUCUGUCAGCCGACAACUUGGCGACGCUGCUGAAAUGCCAACUGGCAAGCAAUGAGACCUACUCCACAGCAAUCUGGAAGCUGUUCUUCCAAAACAAUGCUGCAGUUCUGGGACAGGCUCUAUUGGAAUACUCUAGCAUGAACGCCAGUAUCAGCAGUCCAGCUAUGCCACAAGUCCUUGAUGCCAUCGGUGAGGUCAUAAUCAACAACUUCACCAAUGCGCAACUGAACAACGCUGCUUUAAUUGCUGAGUUGUUCCAGACGAUGCUCCGACCGUUCUUGGCAUCUCCAUCCAGCAAUUUCCUCUCCUGUCUCAGCUCCAAGAACUUCAGUUGUCAGACCUAUCAAAUUGUCGUUGCUGCUAUAAGCAGCCAAUCAGCCUCCAUCAACACAGUGCAGCAACAAGUGAUCUUCACUCGUUUCAUCUAUCCAUUCCUUUCGAGAAAUGACUCAUCAGAUCCCGGCUGUGUCUUAAGCACCAGUGGAAGCACGGACUGGCUCCAGAAAAACUUUGGCGUCUUUGGUGUUUUCGCAGACCUGUCAGAGUUAAUAGUCCUCAAUCCUGACUUCUCCAGUAAAGACUCUCUGUCACUGCUGACCCCAACCCAAGUGGCACAAUGGAUAUUGACCUCUGGGGUGUUGAAUGACACCAAUGACAUCACCCUUGUGUUUGAGAGGCUCCAGGAAGGAGACGCUUUCCAGAACAUUGACACGUUCCUAACGCAACUGACCGCCAGUGAAAUGGUUGUGGACAUCCUCCCAGUCGUGAGAGAUGAGAUGAUGAAUCAGACCUUUUACAUCAUCAGCCCUCAUUUCCCCCAGUUUGAGCAAGUGGACUGGAUUGCAUGGUUCAAAGUAAAGCUGAUUCCUAUCCUCCCCAGUUUUACUGAAGUCAUGCUCACUAAUGCUACGUCGUACGUCAACUGCACCAACUACCAAGUGAUUGUGAAAGGAAUGUCCAGCGCCUUCUCCAAAAUGACCAACGAUAGAAGAGAAGACAUUGCAAUGGUCCUGCUGACAUACCUGAAGAGAUCUUUACAAUUUAUCAAUGGACCAGCUUGCAGCCAGGAUAUCCACAACAGCGCUGACUGGCUUGAAAUCAACCUGGGUCUGUACUCUGAAUACGUAACCUACUCGGAUCUCAAAACCUUCAACAUUUCACUGUUUGCAGUUCUAGACUACUUUUCACCAAACCAGAUUGCCGAAUUUAUACUGGACCCUAUAAACCUUGCGAAUGAAACUCUUGUAGAAGAGGUGUUCCUAUGGGUUCUACAGUCAUCCGACCUGGGGGAGAUUGGUAUUUUUUUCCAAUCAUUUGUGGAUGUUGCUGCAAUGGUAAACAUGACCAGUAUUCAGCCUGGACUGCGAGACAUUCUCUUAAACAUGACACUUACAGCACUGGCCCCGAAAUUCAACACUCUAGACACUCAGGGAUAUGAGCUCUGGUUCCAGGUCUAUCUACAAUUAUUACUUCCAGGCAUUCAACCUGGGACCUUCUCCAUCAUCCCAAGGAACAUCAGCUGUGACUCCUUCAGUGCAAUCGUCAAGGGCUGUGAUAACGUAGUCAGUCAACUGUCACCGACUCAGUCCCAGCAAGUCUACCUGUUCUUAAUGGAUUAUUUGACAGACCAAUCCGUUGAAGAUCAGUCCAUUCUGACCCAACCUAACUGCUUUAGGACCCUACUGCAACUUGUUGCUAGUCGGCCUUCCUACUUCUGCAACUCACCCUAAAUAUAGGGUUGGGGUUAAACAAGCUUUUUGGGGCUGCUUGCAUUAAAUGUAACACUGUUGAUGGCAUUUAGUGCAGCAAUGGGCACUCCUGUUCAGUUCAUAAUAUUUAACAUCUAGAGGAUAAUUAAUAGAUGAUAGUGUGUGUGUGUUCACCACUAUUACAGUGUUGCUUCAUGCUUCGCUUACUUUUUAUGUAUUUGGAUCAGACGAAUCUGUGUUACAAAUUUAAACCACAGUCUUUGACACAAUAAAGUACAUGUCUUUAUUACUUUUUCAUUAUCU